UUCUCUAUCUCCUCUCUUUCUUUCUUCCUUUCUCUUUCUCUGCAAACUCUCUUUCUCUCUCUCUCUUGUUGAUUUGAUUCUCCAACACAGUUCUCCCAAAAAACUCAUCCAACCUUUACAAAAGAGAAAGAGCAAGAACCAUGGUUUUUUCUUCCAUCCCAGCUUAUCUUGAUCCAGCCAACUGGCAACAGCAACCAAAUCAUCCCCCAGGAACUACUGCUGCUGCUGCGAGCUCACAGCUUCUUCCACCUCCACCGCCGCCGCCGCCACCUCCACAACCUCAUGGAGGCGGCAGCUCCGGCUCGAUCCGGCCUGGCUCAAUGGCUGAUCGAGCUCGCAUGGCUAACAUACCGAUGCCAGAGACCGCAUUAAAAUGCCCAAGAUGCGAAUCUACAAACACUAAAUUUUGCUACUUCAACAAUUACAGCCUCACCCAACCUCGCCACUUCUGCAAGACCUGCAGAAGGUACUGGACUAGAGGUGGCGCUCUCAGAAAUGUCCCCGUGGGAGGAGGCUGUAGGAGGAACAAAAGGAGCAAAGGGAGCAGUUCAAAGUCCCCAGCAAGCAGCGCCGAUCGCCAAUCCGGUAGUGCUGGUUCCACCAGCUCAAUUCCCUCGAAUAGUGGAACCGCCGGGGAUGUAAUAGGCCUCGGCCCGACUAUGCCACCGCUGCGCUUCAUGACUCCUAACUUGCAUCAACUCACUCACGACUUUGCUGCAAGCGAGAUCGGCUUGAACUAUGGCUUGAAUUACGGCGCGAUCUCGGCACCAAUGGGAGUGGCUGGUGACUUGAAUUUCCACAUAGGAAGCGCUUUGGGAGGAGGUGCUGGUACCGAUGGAGGAGGAUCUUUGUUAUCGAGUGGGGGUUUAGAGCAGUGGCGGCUGCAGCAAACACAGCAGUUUCCCUUCUUUGGUGGCUUGGAUCCUAAUUCAGUACCGGGGUUGUUUGGUAGUGGUGUUGAUGCAUCCAGUUACGUGGGUGGAGCGAGUCAGGGCCGAGUCAAGGCGUCUAGCUCGGGAGUUACUCAGCAGGCGGCUUCAGUGAAAAUGGAAGAAAAUAAUCAGGAACUGAAUUUGUCGAGGCAGUUCUUGGGAAUCCCUGGCAAUGAACAGUUGGAGUGGUAAUACAAGUACUACUGCAUGGACAGAUCUUUCUGGUUUUAGCUCUUCCUCCACUACCAGAAACCCCCUAUAGAGUUUUGCUAGCUUCCACGUGGCCUUUGAUCAAGAAGCUCAUCUAGUCCAUGAUCAUGAAGCUUUGGUUUCUUUUUUAUUAGUGUGGCUGCAAUCAAAGAUCCAAAAAUUAACUUCAAAGACGUAAUUUCAUCCAAAUCCAUAGCAUCUACGUACGUACUUACCUUUUAAGUUCCUAGCUUGUCCAAGAUGAAGAAACUUGCGACGGAUCCCGAGGACGUCCUUGUUUCCAGAUCAACUCAUGAAAACCCUAGAAAUAUGGUAGGUUAAUUAAUAUUAUUAUUUAAUUUUGGUAAUUUCUUCCACUUAAUUAGCUCUUUUACAUUUUUUGUUUUUUCUUGUGAUCAUUUCUCUCUUAGCUUUAGAUUGGAGUGUAUGAACAUGUUUACGAUAGCGAGUGUUAUGAGAUCAUGAAGUUUUUGAACCAACCCGGACAUGCCGUCAUCAUAAGCAUUGUCUUGAUCAAUGAUUUUAAUUCAAGCUGUACU